GUCCAAUGGUUUUCUUUUUCUUUUGGUAGUAUUUGGCUUUUAAAAGAUGGAGAACGUGUCAACUUGGCGACCCACCGGAACAAAACAAAUCAUUGUCCUUCUCUGAAAGAGAGAGCGCAACAACAACAGCUUCUCACGAGAGAGUAGAGUGUAGAUUAUCUUCAAGCUCCAUCGAAUUCAAGCCCCCUUGACUUUUCUCCCCAAUAAUCUUCCACACACGAUAAGAUAUAUAUAUAUAUAUCUAUAUAGCCCAUCCCACAAUAACAACUCGAUAAGAACACAAUAAACUCCUUCCUCAUUUCUCAUUUCUCAUUCAACACCAUGGCAAGAAAAACCAAGUCCAUUUUCUUAGCCUUCUUACUACUAUGCUCUUUCUCACUGGGGGUAGUGGUAGUAGCCCAAGAGGAGGCAAUAGCAAAAUCCGAAAGUGAAGCAUUAGGGGAACCAGAGAAAAGAGAAACACUUGAAAUCAUCAUUGGUGGAGGUGGUUCACCUGCUCCUUCUCCCUCUCCCCCUACAUAUUGCCCACCUCCUCCACCAAAACCACUGAGCCGGUUGGAGAAAGCAAAACGUGUUCUUCUCAAAUUCAAAACCACAAUCGACGACCCCAAUUGUUACACGCAAAACUGGAGCCAGGACACAGACGCGUGUAAAUUCAAUGGGGUACGAUGCGCCAAUUUCCCAGACGAUCAGCAGCGAGCAGUAGCUGGACUUGACCUAAACGGAGCAAAACUCGCCACUAAAAACGGUGGCAAUUUGCCCCUCACGGGUCUCCUCGACAGCAUACCCGAGUUAACAUUCUUCCACGUUAACUCCAACAACUUCUCCUUCGUCGGUGGCUUCCCCAACAACAUUACCAGGUUCCGUUUCUUCUUCGAGCUUGAUCUCAGUAACAACAAAGUCAGUGGCAAGUUCCCAACGCAAGCAAUUCAGAACAACCAGUUAGUCUUCCUGGACCUCAGGUUCAACCAGCUCACCGGGCCCAUUGACCCGAAACUCUUCGAGAGGGACCUGGACGUGAUUUUUGUGAACAACAACAAGUUCACGGGGUACCUCCCGGAGAAUUUCGGGUCCACGCCGGCCCGGUACCUCACGUUUGCCCACAACAGCCUCUCGGGCUCGCUCCCUAAGAGCGUGGGCUACGCGCCGAACCUCACCGAGGUUCUCUUCUUGAAGAACCAGUUCGAAGGGUGUCUGCCCUUCGAAAUCGGUUACCUCAAGAAGGCCGUAGUGUUUGAUAUAAGUGAAAAUCUCUUGACCGGUCCCAUCCCGCUCUCCUUCGGAUGCCUGAAGAAAAUUCAAUUUCUCAAUUUGGCGCACAACAAGCUCUACGGCUGUGUUCCCGACAACCUUUGCCAAAUUCCUUCUAUCCGCAACAAUGGGAAUCUCUCUUUGGCGAACAAUUAUUUCAACGAAAUUGGACCUUCGUGUUGGAGUUUGAUAAAGUCCAAGGUUUUGGAUGUGUCAGGAAACUGCAUUCCGGGGCUUCCUAACCAAAAGUCUCCCAAAGAAUGCUACCAGUUUUACAAAACAAAGAAAACAUGUCCGAACCCGAAUUCAUUUUACUACGUUCCGUGCAAAUCGUACUGGGGGAGGCAGAGCAAGCCCACUAGUCCACCUUCUGAGCCAGUGACUUACAAGACUCUCAAACCACAUCGUCUCAGAUUGUGAUCAGAUAUCAUAGGAUAGCUCAUAUUAGUCCCUUGUGCAGGCGGGACUUUGCCUUUGUGUUGGGUUUCAUUUUUUAUUUUUCUCACAACAAUCCUCUGGUCAGAUAGAAACCUCUCCUCUGAUGCGUUGAUUCAAAUCCUGUUCACUGGUUUCAUAUUAUUACUGUGGUUAUGUUUGUAUGUUUUUCUUUCAUGAUUAGCUGUUGUUAUUUUGUAUUUUGUAUGCCCCGUGAAUAAGCGCUGUCGUGGAGUUGGGCAUCUUGACUAUUACAAGUUUGGUGUCACUCAAAUGUAAUUUCCCAAGUUGUCGAAUAAAAUUGGUACUAUAUUUGGAUGAUGGGUUGUGUUAA